AAUCUCUGAGGCAGUUUACCUGAGGUCUGCGCCAACCAGUCCCCCCGGCCCACGCACUUGUAUGAGAAAAAAGUAAAUUUUACUUAUGGCCAAGAAUAAACAUUUGAUUUAAGAGAUGGGGAGCAGCAAUAGCACACAGAAGGUGUGCACAACACACAGACAAGCACAGCUGCUCAUUACAAGUGGAGAUGGCAUUAAAUCUAUCCGAACCACAAGUGUUUUCAAAGCUGUUAACUUUGAAUUGUAUGUUAAACCUAACUUGGCAAUUAUGUCCUUUGGUGUGGUAGCAAUUUUAUGCAGCACUGCAUACUUAGCAUAUAUGAAGUCUCAGCAACAUGAGACCAAAACAUACGUUGCAAUAGCAGAGGAUGGUACACAACAUCUUACCAAGAAGAAAUCCAAAUGGGAUUAAAUUUCAUAAUUUAAAGUGAAGGCAUAUACAGUGGAUCCCCGGUUAACGAUAUUUUUUCAUUCCAGAAGUAUGUUCAGGUGCCAGUACUGACCGAAUUUGUUCCCAUAAGGAAUAUUGUGAAGUAGGUUAGUCCAUUUCAGACCCCCAAACAUACACGUACAAAUGCACUUACAUAAAUACACUUACAUAAUUGGUCGCAUUGGGAGGUGAUCGUUAAGCGGGGGUCCACUGUAUAGUGUAACCCUCAAUAUAACAGACUUGAAAUAAUGGGUAAAAUUCACUUGGUGAAUUGUAUUUUUUAAUUCCUUUACAUAUUUUCAGUGUUUAUUAUGGUAUAUCUGUAAAUGUGUGUACAGUACUGUACUAAGUAUAAUACUGUACACAGCACUAUACUAAGUAUAUGGUAGAGUACUUAAUUUAUUUAUUUAUUUAUUUUUUUUGCUAUUUGUGUUAUUCUGAUUUAACAGAUACUCACAGUAUCUCCUAUUAAUUCGUUAUAUUGAGGGUUUACUAGAAAUGGAUAGUUUAUAUUGUCAUUCAUUUUUUAUUCUGUAAUAUACAUAAAAUAUUUAUCUAAAUAUAGCAUUGGUGUCAAAGUAAAUCAUUUCCUUUGAGGAAUGGUUUUGUUCUCCCUCCCUUGUUAUCAUGUAUGCUGCGAUGUUGCACACAUGCGUUGUUCAUACCACGGACCAACAGAUUAAACUAGUUUGUACAUGGUUCUGCCUGUUUCUGCUGUGUAGACAUGGCAUUCUCAAGGAAUCCUUUUCACCAUCAUUAGUCUCAGUGGUACUGGCUGGUUUCAGCUUAGCCAAGUUUCUGAUGCAAAGCCAUAUUUAGACAUGGCAAGGCCUUAGUCUAUGGGAAGUUGGAGAGGCCCUAUUUGAAAAGCAUUAAUUGAUCUAAGAAAUUGAACCUGUGCUCCAGUUCCUUGAAUUAAGGCCAAAUGCCAUCCAUCUUCCCAAGUACUGCAUGACCCUUGUGGGUUUAGCACUCCCCAUGAAUGUAAUAAUAAUAAUAAUGGCAAAUGUUAACAGAAUAAGGUUUUAUAACAACUAAACUUAACAAGAAUGUUACCAAGAUGCAUAACGAAA